AUGCUUUCAAGGAGAGCAAACAAACACCAGGGAAUUAUCACUCUUGAUACAGCUAAUAAAUUCGAACGUGUCACACAACCAGGUUGCCUAAAAAUGUUUUAUAAUCGACGGAAUCAGGGUGACAGAGAUAAUUACUCGUGGAAAGUACGGAAUGUCUGGGGUCUCACUGCGAGGUCGAUUUGCGCCGACAUUUGCGCUUAUGAGGGAUCACAUGAAAUCCUACGUACCAUCUUUUGGAACCGGAUCGAAUUAAAAUGGACGUUACGAAAGAUUGUGACUUUCUUAUUACAUGUCCACCUAAUCGGAUCGAGAAUCCUAUCCACCUACCGUUACGCGUUAAUGCGUGCCCAGGAUCAGACAUCGUUUGGAAGACCUCCAGUGGAUCCGAAGGUGGAAAAAGUAACAAAGCUGCCCCGUGAUACCGACUGA